CAUUUAGAAAUGGUCUCCAAACGAAAUGGUCACAUCUACAAAGCUGUGCGGCUCGCUAAUUAUUUCGCAACAGCGCUAACAAAGGUCCUAUCGUUGUAUACUACAUUUUGAUUCCGCCAUUUUUGCACGCGGUGAAUUUCAUCAUAUCAAGCAAUUUGGAUCAUUGCAUUUAUUCCAAGCUAAAACUCAUUCAAUCAAAGUUUUUUUCGAUAGAAUCGUUGAAAUUCUCUACCAAAAAUAACCAAAACCAACAAUUUGGACAGCGAAUCAUUGAUUAUCGCGAUUAUUGUGUAAUUUUCCAAAAGGUUAGUGAGAUUUUGUUGUUGUAGUCUGUAACAUACGCAAACAAAUUGCAAGGAGUUCUAUCAUUUCCAUCGAACAAUUAUAUAAAUCAGCCAAAAGUAUUGCUAAUGAGUUUAUUCUCGAAGCUGAUUGAAGCCAUCGAAAUGAGCUCACAAAUCAAAAAACAGAACCAGAAACGUGAAAAUGACGAAGACAGCAGCGAACAAAACAAGCGACAGAAGAUUGAAGUACCGGAAGAAGAGGCUGAUGCAACCACCAAGCUUACUGAUGUUGUCGACGACUGCCUCGUUCACAUUUUCAAGCAUUUAAUGCUCCGCGAUCUCAUCAAUCUUGCCGAUACAUGCACACGAUUCCAGCCAGCUGCCGAGUCGACAUUUGAAGCCAAGUGCAGAGGAAAGAAAAUAAAGAUUCGACUUGACCAUAAUUCAAAUCGAAUGCAGCCAGUCAAGUUACUCGAUAAUGCCACAAUCGAAAUCUCCGAUUUGUCGAGCGCUUUGAAAGUGUUGCGUCACUUUGGCAGCAUGAUCCCUAAGCUUUCCAUCUAUUUCCAUGAUAAAAACAUGGACCGGAAUGCUGAAGUGGCCCGAUAUAUGAAUGAAUUUUGUGCUAAUUCCUUGAUCGACAUCGAAAUGAUUGAUGCUACAAAACAAGUGGUAGCAAAUUGGACAAAGCCAUUCGCAAACGCCGAGUCCAUCCAUCUUUGGCGGUCCAAUUUGGGUGACUUAAACGCAUGGUUCCCGAAAAUACGUCGUUUGAAAAUCUUCGCUACUGCUCGUGAAUAUGGGUGCGAAAAAGAGGGUGUUACCGAUAUAUUACGUCUAAAUCAAAAUCUGCAAAAACUAAGAAUCGGUGGUUCUGUCUUCGAUAUAAAGUGUUUGGAAAAUGUGAGCGGAUAUCUUCAGUCCAUCAGAAUACUCGACCUUUCAUGUUAUGACGGAUUUUUUAAUCUGGAAGGACGUUCAAUCCACUUCAAAAGUGUCAAAGAACUCUACAUCUGGAAUUAUGUAAAUCCGGUGCCGAAGAUUCCAUUGUCAUUCGAUCAACUGGAAAAAAUUCAAUUCACAGUGAGAAAAUUGGACCUGAACGACAACUUCAAACGUUUCGUCCGACAAAAUCCAUUGUUGAAAACAUUGAAAAUCUUCUUUGAAGAAUCUGCAGGCAACACUGUUUCGAUUGAGCAAAUAAAAUUGGAUCUCGCUGCAGAGUUUGAAGGUGUAGCUGUUGAUUUGAAACAACGUCAUUCUGGUCUAAAGGAAAUAAAAUUCGUACCGAUUUAAAGUAAAAUGUCAAUUAAAAUAAUUUACUGUUCAGUAUUCAUUAUUCAGGGAUAUCCCUGAACGAUUUAUUUGUUUCUUCUGACCAAAAAAAACAAGACCGCAGAGCUUCGCUUCGCUCCGCUCUGCGUUCUUGAGAUUUUAGUUACUUAAUCUAUUUUGUUGUUUCACAACAAACUAUUUUUUGGCGCACUACAUGAAAUGUAUUUCAUCAAAGUAACUUUGAAGUAAUAUAUAACAAACAAAUAAAAUGUGUGAUAAAAUAUAGUUUGGAAAAAUAAAAAAAUUGUUUGUCAAUCUUUUAUGUAUAUAUGAAGUGUUAUAUAUUAAAUCUUCAUUAGUGCACCGGUUUUAAAUCAAAUAAAGAAUAUGAGCAUAUAAUUCAAAUUCACCAACAUUUGUUUGAGUAGUCAAACUUGACCGAGAAAAAAAAUAAGCAGAUUAGUAGCCCUACAUUUCAUGUAGUGCUAAAAAUUCACCACAGAUCUAUAAAAUGUAAUUGUUUAUUGAUUUGUUUCAAAUAAAUGUUUCAUUGGAUUUAAACCGCAAAAAACAUCAAUGGUAUAAAUCCGCCA